AGUAUUUUGGGCCACACCUUAUGUCUCACAAGAAAAGAAAUAAACCUAUUGGUGGGAAGGAGGGUGUAGUUUUUGAUCGGCCUGUGCCCAAGUUUCUGCAAUCCUACGUGCAGUCACCAACAGAACAAGUCGAUGGAGAAGCCAAAUGGGAGAGACAAACUGAAGAAGUCAACGUCCAACAAGAAAUAGCCAACUUAAGAAAGCAAGGGUUUCAUAUAGAGCCUGACCCUUGUUAUACCGAAAGAACCCUUUCGUCGUCAACUAUGGACCAACCAAGCAAUGACUCGUGGAAGCAGUCAGAGAGUAAGGAAUCACCGAACCCUUCCCCUCUUUUGGAUAAUAGAAAAGGAGCAUCGCCAUCUUCACGUGGUAGAAACCAAACAAUAGCAAAUAUUGGCAUUAGAAAGCGACAGAAUACGACAUCUAACAGGGUCACUCAAAAGGAGAACAAAAAGUUAUCAACCCAUCGUGCAAAAGUUGUGGAUAGACAACUCCUUUCUUUUCAAGAACAAGAUGAAUAAUAGUUGUAUUUAGAAAACAUGGCAUAGAUG